AGCCAGCAUUUCUUGUUUAACUAAAACUAAACACUGAGGUACUUCUUGCCGAGAACCUUUUAAGUACACCUACUGUAUGUUUAUUUUCUUUGUCCCAGAAGCGUAAAACAGUUUGAAACAAAGUGAAGAUCUUUCUGACGCUGACCAGAAUCAGAGAACUGAUGCAUUUUGUAACAGGAGUGUACCGAGGAGGAAGGAUGGAGUGUUUCGUCAGUGAGAUAUUAAGGAACCUAGAGAAAAAGCACCUCAUGUAGUACACUUCAGUAAAUAUGAAGGGCUAGUGCAAUGGACAGAGGAAAGACUCAAUCAAUAGCCUAUUUAAGUGGGAAUAUAUGCAAGCAUGGAAAAGUGAUCGCUUUCCUGUCUGUGGGGUGUGUUCGCAGAGGACAGCAGCAGAGUGCUUACAGGAGAAACUAUGACUUGGAACGACACCACUAUGGAUGGGGAAGGGUUGCUGGUGGAAAGGGACUCUUCCUUUCGGAUCCUCACAGGCUGCUUCCUAUCGCUGCUGAUCCUCUCCACACUGCUCGGAAACACGCUGGUCUGUGCAGCUGUCAUUAGGUUUCGCCACCUCAGGUCCAAGGUGACAAACUUCUUUGUCAUCUCCUUGGCUGUGUCAGAUCUCCUUGUGGCAGUUUUGGUCAUGCCUUGGAAAGCUGUGGCUGAGAUUGCUGGUUUCUGGCCUUUUGGUUCAUUUUGCAACAUCUGGGUGACCUUUGAUAUUAUGUGCUCAACAGCCUCCAUCUUAAAUCUCUGUGUCAUUAGUGUGGACAGAUACUGGGCCAUCUCCAGCCCAUUUAGGUACGAGAGGAAAAUGACCCCGAAGGCAGCCUUCAUCAUGAUCAGCGUGGCGUGGACUUUGUCUGUGCUGAUUUCCUUCAUCCCUGUGCAGCUGAACUGGCACAAGGCUACAACCACAAGCAUUUUGGACCUAAAUGCCAGCUUACAAGGUGUAAGCAUGGACAACUGUGAUUCUAGCCUAAACAGGAUGUAUGCUAUCUCUUCUUCUCUAAUUAGCUUCUAUAUACCUGUGGCCAUCAUGAUAGUGACUUACACGAGGAUAUACAGAAUUGCUCAAAAGCAAAUACGUCGUAUCUCAGCUUUGGAAAGAGCAGCAGUGCAUGCCAAGAACUGCCAGAACACGAGUGGCAACAGAAGCAGUAUGGACUGCCAGCAACCAGAGAGCAACUUCAAAAUGUCCUUCAAGAGGGAAACAAAGGUUUUAAAGACUUUGUCAGUGAUCAUGGGGGUGUUUGUGUGCUGCUGGUUGCCAUUUUUUGUAUUGAACUGCAUGAUUCCCUUCUGUGAGCCUACCCAACCAUCCAAGGGAGCAGAAGCUUUCUGCAUUGAUUCUACCAUCUUUGAUGUUUUUAUUUGGUUUGGAUGGGCUAAUUCUUCCCUUAACCCCAUCAUUUAUGCCUUCAAUGCUGAUUUCCGCAAGGCAUUUUCGACCCUGCUGGGUUGCUACAGGCUCUGCCCUAUGUCUGGCAAUGCUAUUGAGACUGUUAGUAUUAACAAUAAUGGAGCAGUUGUUUUUUCUAGCCAACAUGAGCCCAAAGGGUCCAGCCCCAAAGAGUCUAAUCUGGUUUAUCUGAUUCCACAUGCAAUUAUCUGUCCAGAAGAAGAACCUCUCAAAAAGGAAGAAGAGGGUGAACUGUCUAAGGCCUUGGAGAAAAUGUCUCCAGCACUGUCGGGUAUCUUGGAUUAUGAAGCUGAUGUUUCAUUAGAGAAGAUCAAUCCCAUUACACAAAAUGGACAGCAUAAAACCUGAACAGUGAAGUUUACCUAGCAAGACCUAACAGUGUCUAUUGUAAUAAUGUUUUUUCCCCCCUUUAGGAAACAAAACAAAACAAAACCAAUUGAGAUUUUUUUGGUAAAAACCUAAGAUCUAGGGAGAAAUCAUUUACACUGAGCCCAGAAUUUAUCUUCCUGGCAUUCAAAGCAAAUCUAACAUUUUAAACAGAACUGGAUACUGAAAAUUGGCAAAUUGGCUUUAAAGGAAAAAAAAAAAGGAUCUUAGAAUGCACUGUUCAUACUGAGGAAAAUACACAAAUAUAGAUAUAGUGCAGUGACAAGGAAAAUACUAUUUCUUCUCUACCCAGAGAGACCAAUUUCUGGCUUAAAAUGAGGCAAAAGAUAAAUGUUAAGUAUUAAAGAUUAAUGUUUACUAGAAGUGAAGAGAUUGCUGUGUCUUGUGAUAGUGGGUGUUAACAGGUCCCAAUUAAAGACUGAGGGAUUGUAAAGGUAGGUAGAUGCCUUCUUAAAAUAAUUUCUGACAAAUAAUUGAGCCUUAUCAUGAGAAUGGUUAUUUUUAAAGCUUUGGGAAGUAAUAUGUUGAUACUGGUUUUAUUUAUUUAUUGUUUUAAAUUGGUAUUUUUCAUAUGUUAUAACAGAUCUAGCUUUAUUUAUGUUAUUUAAGAUGUCUAAAUAAUGGGAUAUUUUUGGAGUGUCAUAGCUGCAUCUUGACCAGUCAACCAGUCAGCACUUUAUUACAAGCUCUGAUAGUUUGGAGUGCCAGCGAGGGGAAUGAAGGGACGUUAAGAAGCUCAGCAAGAAAUGAAGGAAUCCACAAAACUGAUGCUGUGUGGAGUUCAUUUGCUUGUGGGCUUGCUUGCUUUCUCCCUUCCUUCCUUCCUUCCUUCCUUCCUUCCUUCCUUCCUUCUUUCCUUCCUUCCUUCCUUCCUUCCUUCCUUCCUUCCUUCCUUCCUUCCUUCCUUCCUUCCUUCCUUCCUUCCUUCCUUCCUUCCUUCCUUCCUUCCUUCCUUCCUUCCUUCCUUCCUUCCUUCCUUCCCUUCUUCCCUUCUUCCCUUCUCUCCUUCUCUCUUUCUCUCUUUUCUCUCUUUCUCUUUCUCUCUUUCUUUCCCUCUUUCCCUCUUUCCCUCUUUCCAUCUUUCUCUCUUUCUCUCUUUCUUUUUAAAGUGAGAUUUCUUUCAAAAGAUAGGACCAGCGUUGACCGAGUUGUGAAUUCUCUUCCCUUACAUAAACAAAAGAAAUUGCUGCUAUUUAUUUUUAAGAAGUUUCAUGUUACAAAGACUUUGCUAGAAUGUUGAGUUUGUGGAUCUGUAAAUACCUUAAAUAUGACUACAACCUUAAGAAGAAUCCAAUUUGAGAAGAGAAGCUUCUUAGAGAACAAUUCUUAGUAUAUAAUGGUUUUGUAUUUAUGUAAGAUAAACAGCUUUCUCAGGCUUUUCUUAUUUCAAGUCUUGGAGAUCUUUUCUGAACAAACACAAUUGGUUACAAUGGGAGUAAAUAUGCCAAACCUCGGUAUCAUCUGUAUUACUGCAGUGCCACCAGGGUCAUGCUGUCUGUCUACUACUGUACCACAGUCAGAAUUCAAAGGUGAGGUACCUGGUGCUUUACUCUGGAAACCAGGAGGAUGUUGCAUUUUAGUAAUUACCAUGUUGUUAGUCUCUUCCAUAUGGAAUAGUGCCUCAUAACCAUUUUGGAUUAAGACAUUUCUAGAUGUGGAUGGAACUGCAGCCCCCACCUCAAAAAAAAAAAACCAACAAACAAACAAACCCAUCUUGUGAGCUCCAAAAAAGUUGCCAAUGUUUAAUUAAAAAAAACCCCAAACCUGCUACUUUUCCAUUGUCCUUCCCUGCUGCUUCCCCUUGGCAAUGCCAAAAGCAAUCAGUGAACGUUAGCACCAGAAUUGUUGGAUGUUAAUAUUCAGCAGCAUUCAAAGAAAGCUAUUUGUUUUCUGAAUGGGAGAAAAAUACCCUUUGGAACAACUUUUUCAUUGCAUACAUUAAAGAAAUGUGUUGUAAGGAAAAGAGAACUGAGAGGGAAAAAGAAAAAAUCUGAAGUCUAAUGGACUAUAUACAUCCUGCAUCAGGUCUGUGUAUUUAUGUAUUGUGAAUGUUUUCAUAACUUUAUUGCCUGUAUGCUGCUUUCAUACAUAUAAUAAAAUUAUUUUGUGAACAGAAGGUCAAAUAAAAUAA